AUGAGUAACGAACCAUUUAAUGAAGGAGAACUUACCAAAAAAUAUCCUAAACAAGCAGAAUUAUUAAAAGCCUUAGAAAUAAAUAUCUUAAAAGGUCAUCCAAACUCACUCGCAAGUAAUAUCAUAAUACUGGAGCUAAAGAAUUGGCAUGAAUAUAAUGAAGAAAUUUUAUUAAAUCUACUCAAAGCAUUUACUACACUCAUGUGUGGUCAUAUACUCCAUUAUGACUGUCUUGAAAAAAAUAAUAAAGAUAAGCAAAAAACUUGUCUUAUUUGUUUCAUAGAUAAUGAAAGAAUGUUAUCUGCUAAAGUUCAGGACGUAGAUAUGUCAGAGGCAGUGGAAGAUGAAGGUGAAAAAACCUCUAAUCUAAUAGGGGUAGUAAAUAAGUUAUCCGUAAAUAGUGGUAAAGUUAUUCUACAAAGUGAAACAAAAUCUAUGGAACCUGAUAAAGUACAAGGUUUAAUAAAAGAACUAUCUAUGCCAAGUGAGCUGAUUGAUAAUAAUGAUAGAGGAAAUAAGAACAAAGAAUCAAAACCAAUAACUUUACUCCA